AUGGCCACCCUGAAGGAGAAGAGGACCUGCGGCCAGCGCUGUGAAGACUUUGGCCACUUUGUCUGGAACUCUGACAAUGGGACAUUUAUGGGCAGAACACCAGUGAAAUGGGUCUACAUCAGUCUUUACUAUGUGGCCUUUUAUGUGGUGAUGACCAGCCUGUUCUGUCUGGCCAUCUGGGUACUGUUGUACACUCUGAGCCCCUACACCCCGGACUACCAAGACCGACUCAUAUCACCAGGGGUGAUGGUGUGGCCAGAUUCAUAUGGAGAGGAUGACGUGGAGAUCACCUACAAUAUGUCAGACAAAUCUUGCUGGACAAAGAAGUCCAACUGCCUCAAACAUUUCCUGCACCCCUACAACGAUGAUAUACAGAUGCACACAAACCACUACAACUGCACCAAGGGCCAAUACUUCAUACAGGACCAUUUCCUGGCGCCGAAUCACACCAAGUGGUCAUGUCCCUUCACCCAGAGCAUGCUGGGACCCUGCUCCGGCCUGAAUGACACCUCCUUUGGCUACAAAAGCUCAAAGCCCUGCGUCAUUAUUAAGAUGAACAGGGUCAUCAACUUUCUCCCAAACAAUGGGACAGGCAUGCCCCCGCAUGUGAACUGCACUGUGCUGGUGAGUAAGAGAUUGAUCGGAAAGGAAAACGUGGAGAACAUUGAGUACUUCCCCACCAAUGGAACCCUAGAUCUCUCCUACUUCCCCUACUAUGGCAAACUGGCCCAGCCCACCUACAUCAACCCUCUGGUUGCGGUCCGCUUCAGUCUGGUGGGUCACAUGACGGCCAAGCUCCAAUGCCGGGUGGAGGCCCACAACAUCGCCUACCAGAAUAUCCACGACCCCAACGAAGGCAAGGUGGUCUUCUACCUCACGGCUGAAAGAUAGGACAACACUAGAAAA